AUGGCACCUUCAUUUACAAUGGCCGAAACAAAAGCAGAAGCAGAAGCAGCAGUAACAACAACAAGAACAACAAAUUCAGAGACAGAAACACAAACGGUAAUACCGACUUUAAAUAAUGGUCAUACUUUUGAGCACAACUUAAAUAAUCUCCUGGAUUUAAAUGAAUCAAGUCAACAGCAGGCUCUGAUAUCAGAGAAUGGUUUAGCUGAUCAAGAAGUGCCCGAAAGAUUGGAUUUAAAAGGACACAUUAUAGCGCUGCAUACACCGGUACCAAAUGGACUGACUCCAGGUUUAGAAUCGCCAAUACAGGAGAUAACAAGAAGAUUUGAAAACAUUAAUGCCAAGGAUGGAAUUGAAGAAGUUCCUGCAAGCGUGAGCACUGAUUCGAGUGAAAACAACACAUUGAAAGAACCUAUUUCUCUAAAAGAUAUACAACCAAGUACGAAGGAGGGAGGUGAGAUCCAAGACUCUGUUCAAAAGCAAUAUUUUGAAACCAAUGAAGAAGGGAAAGAAGAAGAAGAAGAAGAAAAAGAAGCAGAAGAAGAUAAUAAAGACGAGGAAAUGGAGGAGAAUCACGAGGAUGACAAAGAGGAUGGUUUGCAGACGGGGGAAAAUGAAACGUCGCAGCAAAGCGUGCUACCGCGCAUACCUGGCUCUUUUAAUGUCACUGCUUUGAAAAGUUCUCCAACCUCAACCUCUGAAGAUGAGUAUGAAAAUGACGACACUGCAAACAAGACCGAUGUGUCAAACAUACUGGACAAAAAGAAGAGUGCUCGAGAUAACAAUUCGGAUUCAAAUGCGGAUUUGGUUGGAGGCAAGGAUGAGAAACUCCCAUACUCCAUCGAAGAGGACGUCAAAUAUAGAGAGGAUGAAAUAAAUCACGAGUCAAAAGAUACUUCCCUAUCCAUUAGUCAAGGCGAAACAAGCCACGAUUUAAAUAAAGACUAUCUUGCAGAAUCUGCUUCAAGAGAUGAUCAACAAUUAGAAGCACUUUCUGAACUAGAACAACCUAGUCAUGAAUAUUCUACCGUAUCCGAAAGCGACCAUUCUACAAGUCAGCCACUGCCUCAUUUGAGCUCGCAAAUAAGUAAUUACCAUAUAAGCUCCAAUCCAGCCUCUUCGCGGUUCUCUGAAAUAUCAAACUUUAAAUCAACUUUGGAUCCUGGGUUGCCUUCAAAUCUUGCACCUCCAGUAGAUAUUGAUCAAUAUUUGAAACACGAUGAUUCAUCAAGCAAUCUUGUAAAGACACCUGUCUUGCCAACGAGCGAUAAAGUGGGAGAGAGUAGAGUACCAGCUCAAACACCAACAGAAACAUUCCUGCAACCGCAGUUGCAAACGCCAACGCAAAUACGUACACCGCAGCAAAGUCGACCUCUUGGAAGCAAGAAUGCAGAAACGCCACCGCUUCCUCUCUUAGAGUCCGAGCAGAGUACUGGUAAGAAUUAUCAUUUGAGUUCUGAUGACAUGAGUAAGCAGCAGCAGCAGCAGCAGCAGCAGCAGCAGCAGCAGGAGCAGUCUCAUGGGGCAAGCGGCGGAGUAAGAAAAGGUAUCGGUGCAGGAGGAGAAAUCGGCUUAAGAAACCCAUCCAGUACACCCACUGUUAUUCAUCAUCCCGCAAGAAAAGAGUCAACCUCAUAUAAUACAACGAGUAGUUUGUCUGCACAUAAUCAAACUGCUGCCAUUCCACCAGCUUUACAAAGUUCGGCUAAAUUCUACUCACAGACUGGAGGGAACUCUUCCCCAUCAACAAUGAACACUCCACUGUCCUUUGGAAGCAGUAGAACUUUUUCGCAGGAUAGUGGUCCAAAAGGCCAGGGCCACAGCCACGGACAAGGACAAGGACAAGGACAGUUUGGUUCCACUAUGGGAGCAGCACUGUAUUCUCCCAAGAACGAAAAAGUGCGGAAAAGUAGUAAGAGCAGUAAAAAAGUCCGGGAUGUAUUCUCAUCAAUGUUUGGUAAGAGUCGUUCUUCUCAGUCGAGCCCACAAUUGCCAGAGCUCAACAUGAAGAUUAGUACUCCGUUCAAUGCCACGCAUGUCACACAUGUUGGAGUUGAUGACGAUGGCUCAUAUACCGGUUUACCACCAGAAUGGGAAAAGAUGCUCGCUGCUAGUGGUAUUACCAAAAAGGAGCAACAACAGCAUCCUCAAGCAGUUAUAGAUAUCGUGAACUUUUACCAAGAUAAUAACGAAAACCCUGAUGAACAAGCGUUAAAGAAAUUCCAAUUUGAUAAUGACAAGAGCAGCUCUAGUUGGUCCUUGAAUAAUACAAGCACAUCACCAGCAACACCAAAUAGAGCUUCUAGUAGUCCACAACGUACUUCUGUCUCAUCUGGUUAUACGGGAUCAGAUAAACAUCAAUCACAAGCGGAACAAGAACACGAGCAUGAACAUGAGCAAGAUCAAGAUCAAGAUGAAGAGCUAGAAUCUGGAACUGGUAUUGGCUCUGAAAAUGGUUCAUCUCCGCAGACUCCAGAUCCUCAGUAUGAAACUCUGUUUAUACCAAGGAGACCAGCUCCAAGACCGCCUCCAACACCAUCAUCUACAACUACUACUUCCUCAACAAUUCAAAACACACCAACAUCAGAUAGGAGGUCGCUGGAAGUUAAGUCCGCUGCUCAGAAUGAUGUAUAUAACAACAACAACAACAAAUUUCUGAAUGAAAAAACUUCUCCGAAAAAGUCGAGUACUCGAUCAAUCUCUUCAAGAUCCUUGAAAUCGUUGAGAUUUAGGAAAAGCGGAACUUCUGAAAAAUUCACAGAUGCAGCAUCGCGUGCACCACCACCACCACCGCCAAUUCCUCCAAUUCCACUGUCGAUUCCCAAAUCAAAGUCUCAUUCAGCGUCGUUAUCCAAUCAAAUCAAACAACAACAAAAACCUUCAUCAGGACCUACUACUGCCCCAAUUGCCGCAAGUUCAAGAUUUGAGGAUCAGCCUUUACCUAAACAGCGAGAAUUCAAAUCACAUCGGGCACCUCCUCCACCGCCAAUUCCUCCACAUUCACUGCUUCACGCCCAUGCUCCUGCUCCUGCUCCUGGUCAGGCAUAUGUCCAGGAUGUGCCAGUGAGGAGUAAUGCCCAGCAGGCUCUUGAAAGUGUUACUGCUCCCACUAAUGUAUACGAAGUGCAGCAAAGCAAAUUCCAAGAAGCGCAACAGAAACUUAGAGAACAAAAGGCAAAGGAUCUUGCUGAGAUUCAGAGGAGACAGCAGGCUAAGAAACUUGAAGAACAACAGAAACAACAACUGUUGCUACAAGAAGGCCAGGAACUAAAAGAACUGAAAGAACUGCUGGUCAAACCCAACGUUCCAGAGCACCGCGCCCCGCCUCCAGUGCCAUCUUUGAGUAAGACAAAAUCAUCUGGACCCGUUCGGGAUGCUAAACAAGCGGCGCUUAUAGCUCAAAAAAAGAGAGAAGACAAGAAGCGAAAGAACCAGCAAAUAGUUGCCAAGUUGCAAAGCAUCUGCACUGCAGGUAAUCCUAAUGAUUUGUAUGUCGAUUUGGUAAAGAUUGGUCAAGGUGCUUCUGGUGGUGUAUUUAUUGCACACGAGAGAGCUAAUAAGCACCAGAUUGUUGCUAUUAAACAAAUGAAUUUAGAGCAACAGCCCAAGAAGGAGUUGAUUAUCAAUGAAAUUUUGGUGAUGAAAGGUAGUAAACACCCAAACAUUGUGAACUACAUUGAUUCCUACUUGGUGAAAGGUGACUUGUGGGUGAUUAUGGAGUAUAUGGAAGGAGGCUCGUUAACUGAGAUUGUUACGCACAGUGUGAUGACCGAGGGCCAAAUUGGUGCUGUAUGUCGUGAGACAUUGAAAGGAUUGAAAUUCUUGCAUUCGAAAGGUGUCAUUCAUCGAGACAUCAAAUCAGAUAACAUCUUGUUGGAUAUUAAUGGUAACAUCAAGAUGACAGAUUUUGGUUUUUGUGCUCAGAUCAAUGAGAUCAACCUCAAACGUACGACUAUGGUUGGUACUCCUUAUUGGAUGGCUCCCGAGGUUGUUUCGCGUAAAGAAUACGGUCCCAAGGUUGAUAUCUGGUCGUUGGGUAUUAUGAUGAUUGAGAUGAUUGAGGGUGAGCCACCGUAUUUGAAUGAAACUCCACUUAGAGCAUUAUAUUUGAUUGCCACCAAUGGCACACCAACUUUGAAAGAGCCGGAAGCAUUGAGUUUUGACAUUAGAAAAUUCUUGGUGUGGUGUUUGCAAGUUGAUUUUACAAAGAGGGCCAAUGCAGAUGAGUUAUUACAUGAUAAGUUUAUUUUAGAGGCCGACGAUGUCAGCAGUUUAAGUCCAUUGGUCAAGAUUGCGAGAACUAAACAACAUAACGAGGAGGAUUAA